UUGGCAACACAGUUCUAAAUGAAAUACAAAAAAAGAUAAGCAGACAAUUUUUGUAAUUGCAAAGUAUUUAAUGUAUUCGGUUGUUCUUAAAUUCGUUUAGGAAAAAGUUUUAACAAAGGAACCAACGCAUCAACAUGCCGAUUCUUAAUGUUGUCUGUCCAAUAUGUACGGAAGUUUUUAAAAAUGCAGAUGAUAUUUAUAGCACCAGUUGCGGACAUAUUUUCCACUUUUCCUGUGUGCAAGACUGGAUGGGGCGAUCAACAAGUUGUCCCAAAUGCCGCCAAUACAAUCCAACAACUCAUAAACUGUAUUUAAGUUUCGAUGAUUCGGAAGAAAGUUUGCAAAAAUUACAAGAAAUUGAGUUGAAAUUAAAAAGUUCAAAUGAAAAAAAUGCCCAGCUUGCAGAUCAAAUGAAUGAAACUGAAUUUAAUUUCUUACAUCUACAAGAGCAGUUCACUGCCUGUGAACGCGAAAAGAGAGAUCUUGAGGAGAAAAUCAGGCAAAUUGGUGAUAGUGAUAAAAACUUCUUACAUCUUCAGGGGCAGUAUACAGAGUCUUCGGAACUAGUUAAAGAACUUCAAGAUCAGAUACAAAUUUUGAGAAUCGAUAAUGAAUGCAAGUCCAAAGAACUAAGCCUAAAGAAUUUGGAAAUUGACUCAUUGAAAGCAGGCUUACAGACAGAACAGAGCCCUUUUAGUGAUAGUAUUCUUAAUGAUAAAAUAAGAGUUUUAGAGCAAAAAUUGAAACACAUUUCAGCAGAGUUUGAAAAAGAAAUAGCCAUUAGUACUCAACUAUCGAUAGACAAAAUGAAAUUGGAAAGUUACAUUAAGCAUCUCAAGUCAGCAGAUUUUAAUACAAAAGGCAUUUUAAAACAUACUAAUAAUGAAGAUUUGUCAAAGAAACGAGAAAAUCAGAAAAUUGUUAACCCUAUAAAUGAUUUGUUAAACAAGAAUUCCAACCAAAUAAGCGAUAGCAGCGACACGUUCGUCUUUAUAAAAGACUUGCCUUUAGAUCAACUUGUAAUACCUUUUGAAAAUAUUAUUAUUAAACUAGCUUCGAAAAUGUCUCUACAGAUCUCCGCAGAUGAUUUGGUUAAAGUAAAUAUUGUAGAUGAUAAAAAGCAACCAUCUUCUAAGGCCCAGUUGGUAGUUCAAUUCAAAAAUAAACUCCUGAAAAAUAAUUUUCUAGCAAAUAAGAAUCUUUUGAAAAAUGAUCCCACUACUAGUUCCAUUAUAGUUGGAGAGUAUAUGGAUGAUCAACUCCAUGCGCUACUUAUUUAUGCCAAAGAAAAGCUCAGAAAUAAUGGUUACAAACAUGUUUUUUAUAAAAAUAAUCAAAUUUUUGCAAAGAAGCAUCGUAGUCAUCCUAAAGUCAUACGUAUUCAUAACAAAGACCAUGUGGACAGUUUACAAAACAAGAAAAAGCUAGUUGAGCCAGAGGCAGCUGUUUCACCAGCUAUUGUAACUGAAUGUAAAAUUGAUGAAAAUUACUAUCAAAUAUAAAAGUGCCAAUUGUUAUUUUUCAUUAUUCUUUAAAUAUGUAAUAUGUAUUUAUUUACAUACAGUGAUUAAAUUAAAAACCCUAUCGAAACAAUUAUUUUUAUAAAAAUUAAACGAUGUUUUUUGUAUUUUUUAAAGAAUAUAUAAUAUAAGAAUGGAGUAAAUAUGUAAUUCGAUUGCAAAUGUAUUUAUCUAAAUAAUUCUCAUUAAAUUUUUUAAUAAAAAUACAAUUUUCUGAAUUUAAA